UCGGUUGCGUCGAAAUUUAGGAUAGCAUAUUUUUUUAAUAUGGAAAUAAAUAUGGGUAGAUGCGCUGUCCGGUGCCAUUUCCCUGAGUAAAAUGAAAAAUGAAUAAAAGCGGCGGCCAGGACAGCCAAUGGAUGUAAAAGCAAACGCAAUGGACGACCAACAAGAUCCAGAAGACCCAAAGCCAUCUCUCUUCCCUCUUUUUCCUGCCGCCGGCACCGCUGCUACAGCUAAUACUGCUGCUACAGUUACUAGUAGUAGCGUCCCCCAAUGGCUUUGCAACCCUAGCUUCACCAGUGACCUUUCCCUAAUUAACGACGCCGUUUCCUCUCUUCCACGCUCCCUGAAGGUGGAAGAAGAAGAAGAAGAAGAAGAAGAAGAAGAAGAAGAAGAAGAAGAAGAAAAGGAAACGAAGCCCAAUUCUUACGAGCUAGUUGAGGAGGAGGGAGAGGAAGAUUCUGAUGAAGAAAUGUACGACGAGAGAAAAAAGAAUAAGAAAAAGACAAAGAGUAAGAGGAAGAAUAAAAAGAGAAAGAUGUCGAAAGAAAUUGGUGAUUCCAAAUCCAAAUAUGUUCACGCUAAAGAUUAUUAUUUUGAUUCUCAUCCAGAUCCUCAUAACUUCUCCUACGGCUCUCUCUACAGGAUGGAUGUUCCGUGCUAUAAACUUUAUAAUCCUGAACAAUUAUCUGGAUUUAUGUCCCAAGGAUUGUACCCUAGUAUUCAGAGGUUUUCAGCAUUUGAUAAAGAUGCUGAUAUUGAUGCCUUGGAUGCUAAGCUACGGUCUGCUGGUCGAUACUGGUCUCCUAACAAUGCUGCCCUCCAAUACCAUAACAACUUCAAGCAUCUUCGUCGAUUUGCCCCCAAAAAUUUUUCACAUUUUAUUCCUGCUGAUUUCAUUCCUUUAUCCGAUAUUCAAUCAUUGCCUCAACUUGGUGAUGAAAGUUCCAUCUCACACAAUUCAAUCAUUGAAGAAUCUUGGGAGGAUGAAGUGCUACGUAAAACACGGGAAUUCAACAAAUUGACUAGGGAGCAUCCCCAUGAUGAAAAAGCAUGGCUAGCCUUUGCAGAGUUCCAGGAUAAGGUUGCCAGUAUGCAACAACAGAAAGGUGUUCGCUUACAAACUCUUGAAAAGAAGAUUAGCAUACUUGAGAAGGCAACUGAGCUUAAUCCGGAUAAUGAACAACUCUUGCUUUUUCUUAUGAAGGCCUAUCAAAAAAGGGAUGAUACUGAUGUGUUGAUUGGGAGAUGGGAAAACAUACUGGUGCAGCAUUCGGGGAGUUAUAUGUUGUGGAGAGAAUUUUUACAUGUUGUUCAAGGGGAGUUCUCAAGAUUUAAGGUUUCAGAUAUUAGAAAAAUAUAUGCACAUGCAAUCCAAGCUCUAUCUUCUACCUGCAACAAGCAGUUUAGGCAGGUUCUAAAUUUAAUUCAUCAAAGUAGUAAGCCUACGGAUUCUGCUGUGGUCCAUCUGGAGCUUGGUCUGGUUGAUAUAUUUCUUUCCCUUUGUAGGUUUGAGUGGCAGACUGGUCAUCAGGAGUUGGCCACCGCAUUAUUUCAAGCUGAAAUUGAAUUUAGUUUGUUUUGCCCUUCUUUAUUGUUAAAUGAGCAUAGUAAACAGAGACUGUUCAAGCACUUUUGGGGUAGUAAUGGUGCAAGAGUUGGAGAAGAAGGGGCUCUUGGAUGGUCCAUGUGGUUGGAAAAGGAAGAAGAAAAGAGGCAGAGAGUUAUGAAAGAAGAGAUUUUGGAUAAGAAUGAUGAGGGUGGUUGGACUGGUUGGUCAGAACCAUUGUCCAAAUUUAAGGAAACUAGCACAAAUCUUGAAAAUGUUGCUCACAAUGAUGUGACAAUUGAGGCAUUUGAUGAGGAAAUUGAGAAUGAAGAUAUUAAGCAAGAAGAUGAUACUGAAGCAUUGCUGAAACAGCUAGGCAUUGAUGUUGGUGCUGUGGCCAGUGACGAGGUUAAAGACACUUUGACAUGGGCUAGAUGGUCACAAGAAGAGUUCUCUAGAGAUUCUGCUCAAUGGAUGCCUGUUCGUGCAAAAUCUGGUGCUGUCACUAAUAUUCAUGGGACACCCAAUGAAGAAGUGGAUGAGCAAUUUAUGAGAGAGAUAUUAUAUGAAGACAUAUGCGAAUACUUGUUCUCAUUGAGCUCUGCUGAGUCUCGCUUGUCUCUAGUAUUCCAAUUCUUGGAUUUUUAUGGUGGGAAAAUCUCCUCUUGGGUUUGUACCAACAGUUCUAGUUGGACUGAGAAAAUUCUUAGCCUGGAGGAAUUACCUGAUUGUAUUUGGCAAAAUAUGAGAAGACUGCAUGAUGAAUUUACCACAUCACAGAGUAAGUCUGGUGAAUUCAGUUUGGAAUUCCUUUUGGACAGUGCUAGAGGAAUCCCUCAGAGGACUGAAAUGAUGAAAUUUCUUCGCAAUGCGGCGUUGCUUUGUUUAACUGCUUUUCCCCGUAAUCAUAUAUUGGAAGAAGCUGCCCUUUUGACAGAAGAGCUUUUUGUAACAAAAAUGAACUCUUCUAGCAGUUCAGGUGCCCCAUGUCAGGCUUUGGCGAAGAGCCUUCUAAAAUGUGAUCGGCAGGAUCUCUUGCUCUGUGGAAUUUAUGCACGUAGAGAGGCUCUUUAUGGGAAUAUGGAUCACGCCAGAAGAGUUUUUGACAUGGCAUUGUUGUCGCUUUCUGGGCUUCCAUUGGAUUUACAGUCCAAUUCUCCUCUUCUAUAUUUAUGGUAUGCUGAGGCUGAACUUGGAAACUAUCAUGGCUGUAAUUCAGAUUUAUCAUCACGUGCAAUGCAUAUUCUCUCCUGUCUAGGAAGUGGUGUGAUGUACAGUCCAUUUAAAUGUCAUCCAUCAAGCUUGCAACUACUGAGAGCACGCCAAGGGUUUAAAGAAAAAAUAAACACAUUAAGAUCAAAAUGGGUGCGGGGUUUUGUUGAUGAUCAAUCAGUUGCCCUAGUUUGUGCAGCAGCUUUGUUUGAAGAGUUGGCUGCUGGAUGGGCUGCGGGUAUCGAAAUUAUAGAUCAUGUUUUUACAAUGGUGCUUCCAGAAAGAAGAAGCCAAAGUUACCAUCUGGAAUAUCUUUUCAACUAUUAUGUUAGGAUGCUUCAGAGACAUCAUGAGCAAUUUGCUUUGUCCAAAGCCUGGGAGUCUGUCACACACGGGCUGCAAAUAUAUCCAUCCAGCCCAGAACUAUUUAAUGCUUUAGUGGAGAUCAGCUCUCUUUACAUGACUCCAAAUAAAUUGCGGUGGAUGUUCGAUGACUACUGUCACAAGAAACCAUCUGUAAUUGUUUGGCUUUUUGCUUUAAUGUAUGAGAUGAGUAGGAGCGGCUCUUUGCAUAGGAUCCAUGGAUUGUUUGAGAGGGCACUAGCAAAUGAUAAAUUGCAUAAUUCAGUUAUACUCUGGCGUUUUUAUGUUGCAUAUGAGAUUAACAUAGUCCGCAAUCUAUCAGCAGCAAGGCGAAUAUUUUUUCGUGCUAUUCAUGCCUGCCCAUGGUCAAAAAAGCUAUGGCUUGAUGGUUUUCUUAAAUUGAACUCCAUCUUAACUGCGAAAGAGCUGUCAGACCUUCUAGAAGUUAUGAGGGAUAAGGAAUUGAAUCUGAGGACAGAUAUUUACGAAAUUCUUUUACAAGAUGAGCUUGUGGCUUGAUGGCAUGUUGCCCGACAUCCAUGUAAUAUGUAACUCGAGAAUUAUGUUUUGUACGGAAUUACAUAUAUAUAUAUAUAUAAAGUGAAUUAUUAUAA